UCUACUUGAACGACACAUUCUAAAACUAAAGCGCACACGGUAUAUAAUUUAAUUUCCCCCCUCUUUCCGUCCAAUACUGGUGUUCGCACUCCUCAGUCCUCACUACGCCGUCUUCACCCCUAGCAAGUAGCAAGUAGCAUGGAGAGCAUUUGUCCUCUUGAUGUGCAAUUCGCGCCCGAAAUAUCUGCUCUUCUCCAAUCUCCUCCUUCUCACAAAGCCCAGGAAUAUUUUGAUAAUCUGAUAGCAACAAGGCCAUGUCAAGGAAUUAAAGUUAAAGUUGAUGGUGACCAUGGAAAGGGAGUAUAUGCUGAUGCUGAGUUCAAAGAAGGAGAACUUGUGCUGAAAGACCAAAUGCUUUUGGGCUCUCAACACUCUACUAACAAGAUGGACUGCUUUGUCUGUGGGUCUUGUUUUCGUUUUAUAGGGUCAAUUGAACUUCAAAUAGGGAGGAAACUCUAUUUCCAGGGACUUGGUGUUUCUUCGAGCAAUCCAUGCCAUAGCGACUCUUCCGAUGCGGAAGAUGACUCCUGUUUUAUAGGAGAUGCUAACCUAGGAGAAUGUUCCGCUUCUAGUUCAAAUGGCAAAAUUCCAGUUUCCGAGGAAGUUGUUGAAUCACUAAUGAAUGGUCAACUUGUAUUGCCUCACUCUGAUAAAUUUUCCUUACCAUUGCCAUUUCCCUGCUCGGGUGGUUGUGGAGAAGAGAAUUACUGCAGCAAAUAUUGUGCAGAUAUUGACUGGCAAAACUGUCAUUCCUUACUCUGUACUGGAGAGAAGUCAAAGUCAUCAUGUCGGAGGGCACUGUCCAAGUUUGUAGAGCAUGCAAAUGAUACAAAUGAUAUCUUUAUUCUUGCUGCAAAGGUGAUUGCUAUGACCAGCAUGAGAUACAAGAAUUUGAAGGAAGCUCGUCUCAAAGAAGUAGGUUCUGUUGCAUCCAAUACUGCAACUGUUGAUUUAUCAUUACUUCUGGAAGCAUGGAAGCCAGUGUCUAUGGGAUACAAGAGAAGGUGGUGGGAAUGCAUUGCAUUGCCAGAAGAUGUUGACAAAUGUGAUGAAGUUGACUUUAGGUUGCAGUUUAAGGAGCUGGCGUUUGAGUCACUGCAACUCUUGAAAGCAGCGAUAUUUGAUGCAGAGUGCGCACCUUUAUUCUCCCUGGAGAUAUAUGGUCAGAUAAUUGGCAUGUUUGAGUUAAACAAUCUCGAUUUGGUUGUGGCCUCUCCAGUCGAAGAUUAUUUUCUGUAUGUAGACGAUCUUCCGCAAUCCCCAAGGAAAGAAGUUGAAGCUGUAACUCGGCCAAUAUUGGAGGCUCUUGAUGACGAUUAUCCAAUUUAUUGUCAAGGAACUGCUUUCUUUCCUUUGCAGAGCUGUAUGAAUCAUUCUUGUUGUCCAAAUGCAAAAGCUUUUAAGAGAGAGAAUGAUAGAGAUGGUCAAGCAACGAUUGUUGCGAUUACGCCUAUUCGAAUAGGAGAGCAGGUAACUAUAUCGUAUAUUGAUGAGGAAUUACCAUAUGAAGAGAGGCAGAAACUACUCGCUGAUUAUGGCUUCAGAUGCAAAUGCUCAAAGUGCAUGGACGAAAAGGUUAAUUGAACUACUUCCAACCAUAAAUGAUAAAUCUUCCUCACACAUUCCGAAAGAUUAAUGCGUCCUACAAUUUUGUCAUGUUGAGAAAAACUCGUCACUUUCUAAAUGUACGUCAUAUUGAGUGUGUAGAUUUGACAUUUGUUAUAAUGCAAAAUUUUGUAAAAUACACUAUAUUCGUCAGAUUGUGAUUUAUUAAACAAAAGCCAAUGAUAAUUUAUUUUA